ACCCUCCGUACCGACUCAAAUCACCCCUGCAACCGACGACGAGGAAGGAACCGAGUCGAACCGACCCGAGGAGGAGCGAUUGCUCCUUUCCCUCGUAAACCCGACAACCCCUAACCGGCUAACCCAAUGGCGUCGCGGUCGCCGGACGACGAGACCGUGCAGCCACCUCCGAAGCGGCCCCGCCAAGGCCCCCUCGCGGACGAGGACGCCACACCGCCGCCGCGCGUGGAGCUCAACCCGGCGGACUGCGACCUCGACUUCGACGUCGGUGGGGGCGGGCUCCAGGGCCUCGCGCUGCACGAGGGCGGGUUCGCCUACUGCUGGUCGGGCGCGCGCGCGACGGUGGGGGUCAGGCGCGGCGGGCGGUAUCGCUUCGGGUGCCGGGUCGUCGCCGAGCAGCCCGUGGAGAUGGACCUCACGGCCGCCGACGAGCGCCACCUCUGCCGCAUCGGGGUCUCGCGGGGGGACGACCCCGUGGGUGGCCUCGGGGAGUCCGACCACAGCUUCGGGUUCGGGGCCACGGGCAAGUUCUCCCACCACCGCAAGUUCGUCGACUACGGCGUGCGGUUCAGGGUCGGGGACACGGUCGUCUGUGCCGUGGAUCUCGAUUUGAAGCCCAUGGCGUCGAUCGGGUUCGCGAGGAACGGCGAGUGGCUUGGUGUCGCGAAGCAUUUCGAUGCGGGUGAGAAAGGGCUUGGUCUGGUUGACGCUCCUGUGAGGCCGAUGCAUUGGGAAUCCGCACUCUUUCCCCAUGUCCUGCUGAAGAAUGUCGUUGUCGACAUGCAAUUCAGCAGGGAGGAUGGGCUGGAGCCUGUCGUUGGUUAUGAGCCCUGGGCCUCAGCUUGUGCUGAUGGGAAUGCGGUGUUUGGCCCUGUGUUUGAACAAAGUGAAUGUGAGGUCAUGAUGAUGGUCGGUCUCCCAGCUUCAGGCAAGUCGACAUGGGCAGAGAAGUGGGUCAAGGAUCAUCCAGAGAAGCGCUUUAUCCUUCUCGGAACUAACCUUGCAUUGGAGCAAAUGAAGGUGCCAGGGUUGUUGCGUAAGAAUAACUAUGGUGAGCGUUUUGAUCGAUUGAUGGAUUGCGCUACAUGGAUUUUCAACACAUUGCUGAAAAAGGCUGCAAACAUCCCUCGCAAUUACAUCAUCGAUCAAACAAAUGUUUACAGAAAUGCUCGUAUUCGCAAGCUGAGGCCAUUUGCCAACUACCGCAAGACUGCUGUGGUCGUGUUCCCAUCGCCUAGUGAACUGAAACUCCGGACAAUAAAGCGAUCUACUGAGAUGGGAAAGGAAGUACCAGCUGAUGCAGUUAACGAGAUGACAGCCAAUUUUGUGUUACCACUUUCAAAGGACAUGCCUGGUUCGAAGGAGCCUUUUGAUGAGGUAAUCUUUGUGGAGCUUUCUAGGGACGAGUCCCAGAGAAACCUAUAUGAGAUGCAACGUGUGCUUCCAAGAGCCGUGACUCCAAGCUGUGGCAAUUCCAAUAACCAAAAUGCUAGCUCUACAUAUGCUGGGGCUGUUUCUCUGGUUGACCCUAGGGCAAGGUCACCCAUGCCAGGCUUUCGCCCACCAAUGGACAACUCAUAUGGAAGUUAUUGUGGCACUGUACCUGGCAGUGCUGCUACUUUCGGCAGAGGUGCUCAUGCUCCGGGCAACAUGACUUAUCAACAGGCACCAUGGAGCAUUCAGAGUUUUCAGAGUCCAACAGGAAACCAACAUCAAAUCCAUUCAGGCUGUCCAAGCGCUCCGAACCAAUAUCAGAUGCACUCAAGCUACCCGAGCAACCCAAACCAAUAUCAAGUCCGUGCAAGCUAUGAAAGUACCCCACUUCCUGGAUAUGGACACAGUACAUAUGGUUCUCAUAGGGGUCCAAGCUCGUACAAUCCUAAUCCUUGUAACACUGAGAUGCACCAAAGUAUUCAGGCUCCAAUGACUGGCAGGAACCUCUUCCAGACACCUGGGUCAGCUGAAACCUAUGGUGGGCCUGGCUAUGCAGCUGCAAAUCUCACUGGAAGGCCACUUCAGGUGCAUCCAUCAACUCUUCCAACGUAUGGUUCACAUCCAGUUGAUCAGCGGGUGCCAAAUCAAGGUAGUUCUUCCUCAUGGAGUUAUGAUAGUUACAGGCACUAUGGACAGCAUUCUCACGAUGUGCACCGCCCGCAGUAUGCAGCUCCAGCUCCCAGGCUUCCUCACGGUGCUACUCCAAACAACUUGAAUCCACCGCCGAGGCCUUGGUACAACUAGCUUGACGCAGAUAGUACUUGUUUUGUAGAGAGAAUACGAGAACUCACAGGGUUCCAAUAACGCUAGAUAUCAUACAAGUGACCUACAUGUCCAUUUUUCCGUUUUUGAGGUUCCUGGGAACCUUCGUGCCUCUAUUCUGUACACAGCUACACAUUUAGCAGCUCUCUUUUGUGGAUUAUCUUGUUGAAAAUUUUCAUUUUUGCGGAU